UUUCCGUCUUCCUUAACCAAUCGAAUAGUAAGACCCGCCUCCUUGCACUUCAGCUGCGCUCCUAUUGGAGGGUAAACAAUAAGGAACUAUUUUCAAAAGCUGUUUGCAGCUGUGGAUAUGGGUGGAUUCAGGGGCCUCGGUUGUGUCUUUCAUCGGCGGAAAAAGAGAAAUGUCAGCAGCCGAUACUGGGCCAUGAAGAGCAAGAAGCCACUUGUGGCUUCUGCCACACCAACGGCCCCUGUUCCAGACAACAAAACAAAGGUGGACAUUGACAUUGAGGAGACAAUUGUUCAAGCCACUAAACUGUCUUCAACACGGAGUAUUAGAGCUAUGUUUUCUGGAGUUGGAAGUCUCUUGCAAAAAUGCAGAAAGAUAAUCAAUCAAAUCUGUUAUGGAUUCCUCAAUGUCUUCCUCUUCUGGAGAGGCUAUGCAGAAAGAGUGGAAUCCCUUCACCAAAAAGUAGAGGAGCUGCAAAGGGAAUUGGCACUAUUGCAUUCCACUUUGAAGCUCUCUCGAGAAGCCAAGAGUGCAGGCGGUCUGUGUGCAAUGCCUGGUGGUGUUCAGCACUCUACACCUCUGCCUCUCUCCCUUCCUCCUCCUCCACCACCUCCACCUCCACCACCUCCACCUCCACCACCUCCUCCAAUGACAUUUGCUGCUCCGAAAGUAUCCUUAAUUCCCAAAAAAACUGCACAAACUAGCUCUCUAAAGGAGAAGCAAAGUGGCCCUGUUGCUGUGACUCUUCAAGAUAUUCAAGCAGUACAACUAAAAAAAGUGACUGUCGGCCAAAAAACUCAGAUGUCUCCAGAGAGAAGAUCACCACUGGUCACACUUGCAGACUUGCAGAAAGUCCGUUUACGACGCUCUAAUUCUGACCUCCCCUUGAAGUUUAGGUCAAGGCUUGGCAGGACACCAACCAAAAAUCCCAUGAGUCUUCGGGUACCGCUUCGAAAAGUCAACUUGAACAGGAGUCCUGGUGGCACACCGCUGUGUAACAAAGAGAAUGAUGUGACGGAUUUAAGCCUGGAUCCAAAGAUGGCCAAAGGGUUAGGAAACAAGCACCUGCGUGCUUUAACAAAAGGACUAUCACCAAUCAAGCCUUUCUAAAGAAAGAAAUGGACCAUUUUAGUGUUAUUGCACAUUGUGUUUUGCAUGGCCUUUUGGUAACUGUCUUGUGUUGUGUGUGUGUGUUUUUUUUUACAUGUUUACUGUAACUGUGAUAAUAGCUUCUACCGGUUCUCAUACUGUCAUGGUACUAUAACAACUGUUGUAGUGACAGGACAGUAUUUUAUGUUACUCGCUACUGUUAUUUUAUAUACUUGUUGUAUGUGAAAUGCUCCUUGAUCCUUUUAUAUCAUAACACCCUUUUUAAGACAUACUCGCAAGCAUAAAGAACA